AUGACAGAACAACCAGGGGCUGUUCUUUUCAAAGAUGUCACAAUAAUCACUCUGGACUCCACCAGAAGGGUGAUUUUCAAGGGAUACAUCAUCACUAGAGGUUCGCGGAUACUUGAUGUAUCGCCGGGCAAUCCAGAAUCUGUUCAACCGCACACCAAAGUUAUAUCAUUACCUGGCCGCAUAAUCAUUCCUGGACUCAUAAAUACCCAUGCGCAUUUGGCGCAGUCACUGCUGCGCGGACUAGCAGAGGAUUUGCCUUUGCAUUCCUGGCUCUGCGAUCGGAUAUGGCCUCUCGAGGCGGCAUAUACGGGACAAGGAGUCUCAGCCGAUGGUUACGUCGCUGCACGUGCUACAAUUGCCGAGAUGCUCUUGAGCGGAACGACUUGCUUCUUGGAGGCUAUGUUAACACACGGAAGUGGAUUCGCCAAUGUGGCCAGCGCGGUGUCUGAGAUGGGCAUUCGGGCUUGUCUGGGCAAGCUGGUGAAAUUCGUAGAGACCAACCCGGCCCUCAACAUUGCGGACGCGCGUGACAAGGAUCUAUCGCAUAUGAGCAUCGAGUCCCUGCUUUCAGCGCACACCACGUUUCACGGGUCCAGCAAUGAUCGUGUCCACGUGUGGGCAGCGUGCGGUACGCCGCGUGGCGCUCCCAUCUCCUCUUUCGCCGAGGUCGGCCGCAUCUGCCGCGACCACGACAUCGGCAUUACCAUGCACUGCGCCGAGGCGCCGCGGGAUCUGCCGAUCUUCCGAGAGGUCUACGCAGGGAGGUCACCAAUGCAGUUUUGUCGCGACGCAGAACUGACAGGGCGGAAAACCGUGCUGGCGCACAUGUGUCACCUCGACUUGCAGGCAGAUCUGCCAAUCUUGCUCGAGACCAAUACGACGGUGGCGCAUAACCCGACCAGCAACAUGAAACUGGCUUCGGGUGUCGCGCAGGUCCCAGCCAUGCUAAAGGCAGGCGUCAACGUGGCGUUAGGGACGGAUGGCGCGCCAUGCAAUAAUUCCUAUGAUAUGCUACGAGAAAUGCACUUGGCUUCGAUAGUACACAAAGGAACCACACUGAGCGCUGGCUCCAUAGGUGCCCACGAGGCUCUGGAAAUGGCUACCAUACGAGGCGCCAAAGCAUUGGGUCUUGAGAAAGAGAUAGGGAGCAUUGAGGUAGGCAAAAAGGCCGACCUGGUUGUAUUGGAUGUCAGCGGAGCCUGGGCGGCGCCAUGGGACCAAGAUUCACGUAACGGCAUGGACCCCGUCAGCUUGGUAGUUGGGUCCUGUACGGGAAAGAAUGUGACACAUGUCAUGGUAGAUGGCUCGCUUUUGGUUGAGGAUAGCAGACUGAUGUGUGCAGAUGAGGCUGAUAUAGCGAUGGCCGCACGCGCAGCAGUGAAAGGCAUACAACAGCGUAGUGGAGUGAAGACAGUCCCUAAGGCCGGUUGGACUUAUGUAACAUGA